AUGAGUUUUAAUAAACAAUAACGAUUUCAUAAGAAACCCUUCUCUUAAUAUGAACUUCAUACUGAUAGGCCUUCCAAGAUGACAUCAUUUAUGAAAUCCUCUGAGAUUAUUUCUAAUUACAAAGAGAAUUAAGAUCCUUUACAUUAUUCGAAUAGUUCAAUAAUCAAGGAAAUACAAGAUAUUGAAAAAAUGUAUUAAGCGAAAAUUGAUUCUUUAAAAUAACUAAAUUCAAAGUUGAUGUCAACAAUUGAAUUUAUGGAAAAAACAUUAGAAUAUUAGAAAAGCAUGCUUUAAGAAAAAUAAUAAAUUGUAUAUUUACAUUUUAUGAUUAUCUAGAUUAUGAAAUAGUAAAAUGAAAUUUCCUCAUAUCGUUCAAUGCUCUCAUAAAACACCCAAGUCAAUAUUAAAAAUUUAAAAACAGAAAUUGAAGAUGAAAAAGUUAAAACAGAUAGAUUGCAAUACGAGCUCAAGGACUUUAAGUAUAAACUUGAAAAAGAGAAACCCCUGGUUCAUUUAUUCAAAAAAAUUGAAUAAACUUAAGAAGAAUAUAAUUAAUAAAAUAAAAUAUUUAUGAGAGAAGUGCUUCAGUUAUUAGACAAACCUCGAAGUCAAUCAUUCUAUCGCUAGCCAUCUAAGUAACCUGUUAAGAAAUCCUCAUUUUAUAAUUGA